AUGUCUGAUAUCCUGAAAACCAUCCCGCUGAUUUGGAAGUUUCCCAAGGAGAACAUCUUUGAGUGCAUGAUACUGCACUACUUUUUCCUUAAAGCAAAUGGUUAUGCGUGCUUCUCCAUCGAUGGCCCAAUCCAAUCGGGUAAAAUCCGGACCAGCAUUCUCGACAAGAUCUACUUCAUGACACACCUAUCGCUGGGUUUCGUUUUAUGGAUUUGCGUCGUCAAGUUCUUCAAGGCACCGCCGAACAUAUCGCCGCUUCAAAACAUCGGAAGUCGUCUCAUUUGGUUCACGUGCUAUCUUUCGGCGGUGCUAGGAGUUUUGUGGAAUUUCUACAACCGCGCCAAGGUUUGGUCGUUGUAUGUCGGCGUGUUUCGCGUGGAUCAGCAGCUCUUGGCGUUGGGGGCCAACAUGAAGUACACUCAGUUCUACCUGCUAAUGGUUGGGGGGUCAGCGAUGGGUUCCAUUGUGUUGGUGGUUCUGAUCAUUGGACACUUUGCUGAACGAGAUUUCGAUAUAAUUGAGUUUCUCGCUUUCUCAUAUUCGAAUCUGAGUUUGACUAUGCUGGUGACAAUUUAUUCGGUUGCGGGAAAUUUAAUAAUCUUUCGUCUAUGGGUCUUGAAUAGAAUAAUGAGGAGAAAUAUGGUUCCUACCAGAGGUUCGAAAAUGAUUCUGGUGGCGGAGAAGAAUGGUAUUCAAACCAUCCAGCAAUAUAUGCAGAUUUAUGACCAACUGAGCGACCUCACGGAAACAGUUAUGAUUGCCGUAGCGGGAUCAUUCGUUUAUUUACUAUUUUAUGGAUUCGAAGUCAUACUCAACAUCAAACGAGGGGUGCCGUUACAGGAAUAUUCUUUGUCUUCUGGCAUCUGGAGUGUCUGCUAUUUGACGAACGUUAUUGUCGUAGUUACCAUUGGAAGUUUACUCAGUCAACAGGGCAAAAGCACAUCAAAUUUGAUCGACCAGGCCAUCAAUUCAACAAAUAAUGCAGAAAUAAUCGAGAUGCUGCGCCUAUUUUUAAUGCAACUGGGUCACAGGACGCCGACAUUAACAUGCGGAUUGUUCCCAUUCGAUUGGACGCUCGUUUAUUCGAUAUUGGCUACCUCUACCACUUACUUAAUCAUAUUAAUACAGUUUGAGAACUCGCGAUCUGAUUAAAGAAAAGUUGAUAAUUAUUAAAUUGAAAACAUUCUUUCACAUUUGCAACAACCUUUGUGCAUCACCUGAACCAGAUAGCAACGAACAUACAUCAAGCAGCUGCAUAAUCUAAGUGAACCGCCUCAUGCGGCGUUCUAAUGGAAAACCACCAAGUGAAUCUAAGUACUCAUUGCUAUCCAUUGUACCCCGGUCCAACAGGAUACGGCCGCUGCAUCACGGCGGGCGCCACAGGUACCGACGCGAAUCGUUAACGUAUGAGUUGAACUCCGAUCUUCUCUGUGGGUGCACAUUUCAAUUAGCAUAAAUAAUAAACACCGCAUGAACCACCGGCAACCUUAUAAGCGCGUCCCUAAGGCUCCGGUGGUGAUGCAUAGACGGAAUGGAACCGCUUCCAGGAUACGAUAGUGUGCCGAACUGCUUUACAUAAUCCGCGAGUGGGCCACCUCCAUUACCACCAUCGGAAUCGGGAAUCAGGAUAAGCUUUCAUCCGGAGAUCCAGACGGUGGCGAACUUUUGUCGCGCACCGAAGAGCAAGUAGCAAAUAGAUGCAUAUUUUGGCAAAUGGGCUUGUACAAAGUUGGGUGAUUUGCAUUUUGAGUGGAUCCAGGAGGAUUAGUUUUAGUUCUCAGAUGAUUUAAAGUGUGUAUUAUAAUAUAUCUCAGAUUAGG